AUGAAUUGUUUAACGAUUGGUGUAAACGUUUCAGUUUCAAAGAUGAUGGAAAAAGGUAAUGAUGAUGCGGUGCCGAUAGUCACCGAGCAAAUGAAAGAAGUAAUUGCUGAGGAAGUAGGAAAGGCAAUUGAAAAUAGCCUAUCCGGUUUUAUAGAUAAGAUUCAAAACAUGGUACUUUCGAUAGUCGAAGAAAGGAUCAAGAAGUUGGAAGAUAGUACCAACACAGCAAAGGAGAAAUCUGGAGAGCGCAAGAGCUGCUCGUACAAGGAAUUUAUGGCAUGUAAACCGCCACUUUAUAACGGAGAGGUGGAUCCAAUAAUAUGCCAACGAUGGUUAAGUGAUGUUGAAGGGGUGUUUGAGAGAACCCACUGCGACACAAACGACUUCGUAGCUUAUGGUACGGGUCAGCUGACAGUUAUCAACCGGAUCAAGGAGAAGUUUAUUCAGCUGAGACAGAAAGGUGAAUCUAUUGAUAAGAUCACAGGGAUCUUCCUUGACAAACUGAGAUUUUGUGAUGAGUUGGUGACGUCCGAAGAACAGAAAGUGUAUUAUUACUAUAAUAUGCUAAGCGCAGAGUAUCGGGAGUUUAUGACUCCCACGAAGUACGAGACUCUCACUGAAAUCAUUAACAUUGCUCGAGAAAGGGAGAUAGAGCUGAAAAAGCAAAUUGAGAGAGGUGAACGAAGGGCACAGACUGUUAAUCCAAGCCCUGCAAAGAAAGCACGAACCAUGGAGUCGUCAAAGAAACAGGAAAGGAAAGGCGGAACGCCAAGUUGUAAGGUUUGCGGGAAUGGGCACAAGGGCGAGUGCCGGUUUAAAGAUAAGCCAUGUCCUAUAUGCGGGAAGACAGGACACACGGCUGCGUUAUGCCCGGGAAAAGUGUCGGUUUGUUAUAAGUGCUACCAGCCGGGCCAUAAGAAAUCAGAAUGCCCGGAGUUUGUCGGGAAGAAGGCGUUGACUCAGGCAACGGAACUUACAACCUAA